AUGCCGCCACAUAAAUCAUACCGUCAAGAGGCAGGAAAGCAGCGCCAUCACAAGGGUCGUGUUGGACGCAUGUUGGUACCACACGGAAAUGUCUCAGGUCUGCUCUUCACAGUGAAUCCCCGUCAAGAAAAGAAAGCACUUCGUGAAGUACAACUUUAUCUACAUCCGCUUAUUGCAGAUCUCGAGAAGACGUAUGUAGAAGAGAAUGAAAAGGAAGGAGUGAAAAAAGAUUCACUACAAAAGCAGGAUGAGGAACAAGGAGGUAUGGAUACUAAUUUACCACUUGACAAUAUGCCUUCAACAUCCAGUCUGCUUGCGGCAGAGCUUGCGGAGUAUAUUCCUGCUCAUCAUGAUCGACAUGAUAGAAACAUAAGAUCUGAAAAUAUUGAGGAUGAGAGUGAUACGGCGAGUAAGAGUGAAAAUAAUGAUAAUAACGAUGAUGAUGGCGAUAAUGAUGAUGGGAAUACGACACCUCCACGAAAACGCCAGAAGCCUGAGGAGAGUGGAACUAAAAAGGAAAGGAUAGCGAAUAAAUGCCGUUGGUUAGCCCCGCUUGAGACUGGGUGCAAAGGUCAUUUGAUGAUCAGCAUUCCAUUCCCUUCACAACAAGCAACAGAAGAAACAGUAACAACAACAACAAUGACGAUGGGAUGGAGUGAGAAGAAUUAUGUAAGUGAAGAGCCUUCGUCAGAUCAGGUUGAUUCUCCUUUGGAAGGGUCUCUGGAAGCAGAAAAACCCAGCGGUGACAACCCCCCUUUACCCCAUUCUAUUCUACACAAUCCGUUGGUGCAAACAGUGGUAGAACGAAUCUUUAAAGAUAUUGAAGAAAAUCCACGCCCUUUACUAAGGCAUUGUUUCCGAUUAAUGCCAUGUGAACUCACCUGCUGCCCUACCCUACCGGAAAUGCGUGCAGGACUUGAACGACUUUUGAAUGUGUAUUUUCCUCCAAAACCUGGAAAUCAGCAACUCCAUCGCGUUAGUUUUUCUUUUAAGGUGAAGAAUAACACGAAUGUGGAGAACAAGAAAGCCUAUUUGCAAGCAGCUCUGGAGGCCGCUUUUCCAGCAAACCGCUUCGUCUUAAUACCAUCUACUCGUGUUAAAAGUUGUGAGGGUGGAGUGGAGGCCACAUUCUGCGCACUUGUAGUGCACUCCACUUGCGCCAUGGGGACCCAGUGGCACUUCACAGAGCGUAGCGAAUACAACUUGCACGCCAUAGGCGAGAGUCACCUUGAGUUGUCAUCUGCCGUUUCGAAAAAAACACCAUAA